AGCAAGGCAGGCGGUACAGAGUACAAGUCAGCGCUGAGCAGAGGAUAAAUACUGUACCCCUUGAAACCCAUGCAGCUCCUGGAAUAUCGUGGAUGCAGGUGGACUCAAGCAUUUUUAUUUUGAAAAAUCUAUUUCUUGCUUUGGACUAAACGCACUAUGGUGGUUUCACAAGUGCGCAUUUCUCCUCUGUUGUGACCAAACAGAAAUUGUUUUGGGGAUAUUCUACGCAGAAGUCUGUGUGGUAUUUUUCGGAGGAUCUCAGCGACUCUUCAGAAGGAAAAUCCUCAUUGUGGACCUAUACUGCCCCAAUGGUGUGGUCCCGGACUGGACUGCCUUCUCGCAGCUGACCCGCUCAGUGCGCGGAGAAGGUAGACACCAGGGCAGCUCUGUUGUCGGUUCCUCUGGUUUUAUUAAAAAAGCGCAUUUGGAAAUAAGAGAAGAAGGUUAGGAGUGAUUUAAAUCACUCAAUGGUGACGUUAUUUCCAACAAACGCGAACCUCUCGGUGUUUUGGUGAAUGGUUCCGUGGCUUUGACAUACGGUUGGGACUUGGAGGAGCGGACUGUGCGUGGAUUGUGAACAACUCGGGAUUAUACAGUGUCCACUGCCGUGGUUCUGUUUAUAUGAGCGCUCUAUGACAAUGGAUUACAUUCUGCUCCUGUGCAGUUUCUUGCUGCCCGUAACCAGUGCAGUCGAAGAAACACUGAUGGACACCAAGUGGGCCACUACAGAAUUAGCCUGGACUGCGCACCCUGAGACUGGGUGGGAAGAAGUGAGUGGCUAUGAUGAUGCCAUGAAUCCCAUCCGGACUUACCAAGUUUGUAAUGUAAGAGAGCUCAACCAGAAUAAUUGGCUACGUAGUGACUUCAUCCCAAGGAAGGAUGUGCUGCGAGUAUAUGUGGAGAUGAAAUUCACAGUGCGUGAUUGCAACAGCAUCCCAAACAUCCCAGGCUCCUGCAAAGAGACAUUCAACCUCUUCUACUACGAAUCUGACUCCGACUCAGCCACAGCAACCAGUCCGUUCUGGAUGGAAAAUCCAUACGUGAAAGUGGACACCAUUGCCCCAGAUACUAGCUUUUCCAAACUAGAUUCUGGACUGGUUAACACUAAAGUCAGAAGUUUUGGACCCUUGUCUAAAGCUGGGUUCUACUUGGCCUUCCAGGACCUUGGGGCUUGCAUGUCACUCAUCUCAGUGAGGGUUUUUUAUAAGAAGUGCUCAACAACAAUUGCACACUUCGCAGUUUUUCCAGAAACAGCAACUGGAGCUGAGGCAACCUCUUUGGUGAUUGCACCUGGAACCUGUGUCCCCAAUGCCUUGGAGGUGUCUGUGCCGCUAAAACUUUACUGUAAUGGAGAUGGCGAAUGGAUGGUUCCUGUGGGUGCCUGCACUUGCUCAGCUGGUUUUGAACCAGCCAUGAAGGAUACACAAUGCCAAGCUUGUAGCCCUGGCACCUUCAAGUACAAGCAAGGAGAAGGCUUCUGCUUACCUUGUCCCGCAAACAGCCGUGCCAGUUCAGGAGCAGCAAGUGUUUGCUCCUGUCGCAACGGAUACUACCGCUCAGACACAGACACACCUGACUCCCAAUGCACAACUGUUCCCUCCGCCCCACGUAAUGUCAUCUCCAGCGUGAAUGAAACCUCACUUGUCCUGGAGUGGAGUGAACCUCGGGAUCUGGGGGGGCGCGUUGACACCUUCUACAACGUCAUCUGUAAGAAGUGCCUGCCUGAAAGAGGAAUGUGUUCCCGCUGCGAUGACAACGUGGAUAUCUCGCCGCGCCACCUGGGUUUGACCCAGCGAAGAGUGACAGUCCGCAACCUUCAAGCCCAUACACAGUACAGCUUCGAGAUCCAGGCCGUCAAUGGAGUUUCGAACAAGAGCCCCUACACACCUCAGUUUUCCGCUGUAAACAUCACCACUAAUCAGGCCGCUCCGUCUGCAGUACCCACAGUUCACCUGAUGGCGGCCACAGCGAGCACAAUGAGUUUGUCCUGGCUGCCUCCAGAAAAACCCAACGGAAUCAUCUUGGAUUAUGAGAUUAAGUACCAUGAGAAGGAUCAGGGUGAAGCCAUCGCUCAUACAAUGACGGCCCAACGGAGCAACGCCCGCAUUGAAGGUCUCAAGGCUGGCACACCUUAUGUGGUGCAGGUCCGUGCACGAACAGUGGCUGGUUAUGGUCGUUAUAGCAGCCCAGCUGACUUCAGCACCAACCUUCAAACUGACCCACCGAAAUUGUGGCAGGAACAACUACCGCUCAUAGUCGGAUCAGCCACUGCAGUAUUUGUUUUCAUCAUUGCCGUUGUGGUCAUCGCCAUUGUCUGCCUCAGAAAGCAAAGAAAUGGUUCAGAGUCAGAAUACACUGAGAAACUUCAGCAGUACAAAUCCCCUAUAGUCACUCCGGGAAUGAAGGUCUACAUUGACCCCUUCACCUAUGAGGAUCCCAACGAAGCCGUGAGGGAGUUUGCCAAAGAGAUUGACGUCUCCUGUGUGAAGAUCGAGGAGGUCAUCGGCGCAGGUAACCCACCAAAGCUCCUGAGCUACAGGGGGAAGACUGCUAGUCACCUCCAGGCCAUACCGUUAGAGGACUUCACACCAAGCGGUACUUUCACUCAAUUCAUCGGAGAGUUUGGUGAAGUAUGCCGCGGUCGUCUCAAGCUGCCCGGCCGCCGUGAGAUCAUUGUUGCCAUCAAGACUCUCAAAGUGGGCUACACUGACCGACAGAGGAGAGACUUCCUCUCAGAAGCAUCCAUCAUGGGCCAGUUUGACCACCCCAAUAUAAUUCGCUUAGAAGGAGUGGUCACCAAGAGUCGACCUGUGAUGAUCGUUACCGAGUUCAUGGAAAAUGGGGCUCUGGAUUCAUUCCUAAGGCUCAAUGAUGGACAGUUCACAGUUAUUCAGCUCGUUGGCAUGCUGCGUGGCAUCGCAGCAGGCAUGAAGUACUUGUCAGAUAUGAAUUACGUACACAGAGACUUGGCUGCCCGUAACAUCCUGGUCAACAGUAACCUGGUAUGCAAGGUGUCUGACUUUGGGCUAUCUCGUUUCCUUGAGGACGACCCUACAGACCCUACCUACACAAGCUCUUUGUAUUUCAUGCUCACCUACUCAUUCGCAUAUCCACAGGGAGGGAAGAUCCCUAUUCGAUGGACUGCACCAGAGGCAAUUGCCUACAGGAAGUUCACCUCAGCAAGUGACGUGUGGAGCUACGGCAUUGUCAUGUGGGAAGUAAUGUCAUAUGGAGAGCGGCCGUAUUGGGACAUGAGCAAUCAAGAUGUUAUAAAUGCAGUGGAGCAGGACUAUCGACUGCCCCCACCAAUGGACUGCCCCACAGCACUACACCAGCUCAUGUUAGACUGUUGGGUGAAAGAGCGCAACUUGCGGCCCAAAUUCACCCAAAUUGUUGCUACCCUGGAUAAACUAAUCCGCAAUGCUGCCAGUUUGAAAGUUGUCACUAACAGCACACAGUCUACUGGGGUAUCCCAACCCUUGCUUGACCGCUGCGUGCCAGACUAUACAACUUUCACCACUGUGGGAGACUGGCUGGACGCCAUCAAGAUGAGCCGCUACCAUGACAAUUUCAUCAAUGCCGGAUUUGCUUCCUUUGACCUGGUUGCCCAGAUGACAGCAGAGGACUUGCUGCGGAUAGGGGUUACAUUGGCUGGCCACCAGAAGAAAAUUCUAGGUAGCAUUCAGGACAUGAGACUACAGAUGAACCAAACGCUUCCUGUCCAGGUGUGAGGAAAGACACUUUCAGAGUGGUGCAGUCGUAAGACAACAAUUUUGAAGAAAAGGGGGAGAAACCGUGCCCAGUCGAGCCAUUGGAAAUAUCCAAGCUGCCUGACCCAUCUCUGCCAAUUAGACACUACAUAACUGACUUGCAGUGCCUCAAACUUGUUUACUUUCUGUUUUUCACCAAUACCACUACCCGUUUUAUGUUAUUCAUCAUGUAUGCUUUUAAAAUUCAACCAUUUGUGUGUGUCUGAAAGAGUGGUCAGUAUACCCAUCCCAUUUGAGCCUUACCAGCUCUGCUGAAGGCUGACUUUGCAUGAUCGUGUGUUUAAGGAUGCUUGGCUUUGGUAAAUGAAAUGUCAUAGUGACAGUGAUCCUGAUGGAGAGAGCCCCUCCCUUCAGCCCCACAACCCAGCUUUGUUGGGCAUAACGAAGAGCAAAUAAAGAACAUGCUGGAACAGAAAAGAAACUAAGAGGAGGCAGAGGACAAUUCUUUCCCUAAAGUUUUUUCACUGUGUACGUUUUGUUCUCCAUCUUCAUAUUGAAGGUGUGUUAUCUAAAAGGGCACUUGCUGAAGAAGAGUGAGGUCCUUUGAUGGACUAAAGUAAAAUAUCUGGAAAAUCAUGGAGAUAGACUCUUGCUGACCUGAAGGAAGGUUUUUAUAAUAUCAGGAUCAUCAACCGUUUCAUGUUUAAUGUUAUUUUUUUGUGAGUACACAUCGAACAUGUUAUUUUGUUUUUGACUUCUUACAUUUUAGGGAGUUUGUGGUUUCAAAAUGGCUGGUCAAACUGAAACACCCCAAGUGGACACUUGCCUAGAGAUGGAGACACAAGGACUGUGGCAACAGAACAGACCACUAGGCCUUUUUAGUGUGCGUGCGCGUGUGUUUGUAUAGGUGCGUGCGGGCGUGUGUGUGUGUAAUUAAGUGUGUCUGGAUGUGCAGGUGUGUCACAUUGCACACAACUAUACUGUACAAUACAGCUUCUGCUAUUUGCCACUGUGGAGAAUUAAAGCAUGAACUGAACCAUGACAAGGAGCAAUUAUAUCUGGAACAUUUAUGCUACAUUCUGUGGACAACUAUUACAAACAUACUUUUUUUAUGGAAUCACAAAGUCAACUUUGGAAAGACCUAUAUAUGCAUAUAAGGUAAGAGAGAAGUCCAUUGUGGGCAACUUUCUACUUACUAGUACUUGGAUUCAGAAAUAAUCAAAAUUAUUGUUUAAAUUUGUUGACAUCCUUCCCUAUGUAUUUAUUUGUGCCCCUUCCCCUCUCCCACACUUCCCUACCACCACUUCUCAGGUGGAUAAUUAGAACAUUUGAGAAAGUGGACUUGAAACAAUCACAUGGAAACAUAAAUAGGAUUCAGCUGAUGAAUUGAUGAUUAAACAAAAUAAAUGACAUAUACAUUACAUUGAACAUUGUAUUUUUUUUUUCUUACUAACACCAAACUCAUAUGCUCUAUUGGUUUCUGAGUUUUGUUCAGAGUGAAAUUGCCUCAAUAAAACGGGACAGGGCUGACAAUUAAAAACAACCAAUAAGCAUAAUGUGUGUGGGAACGCGAACUGGACCCAAGCUACGAUUGUUUGACAAGGAAGCAGAUUUGACCCCAAAACAAAAUAUUUUUUACCCGAUGUAAUAUGUUGUGUGAGUGGUUUCCCCAGACAAUAAGUAAUUUCGAAAGCAGGCCUAUUUUGCAUAAAAUCACCAUCAAAUGUGAUCAUAUUUUUUGUCAAAAUCACAACAAUGAAAAAACAGUGUCUGCUUUAACUCAAACCAUCCAAACAUUUAUAGGUUUUCAUAUUUUAACGAGGAUAACAUACAAACAUUGACAGACGGGACUUGAAGAGCAAUUGAAACCAAUUUUUACCAAACAUUUUAAGUCAGGUGUGUGCCCAAUCACUGAUGAGUUGUUAAAAGCUGCGCUGCCCACUAUAAAACACACAGAAUUGUUUUGAUGAGAAGAAUUGUGUGAUGUGCAUCAUGGCUAGGUCAAAAGAACUGUCUGAAGACCUGCAAUCAAAGAUUGUUGAUUUGUAUUAAGCUGGGAAAGGACGCAAAACCAUCUCUAAAAGUCUGGAUGUUCAUCAAUCGACAGUCAGAGAAGUUGUCUACAGAUGGAGAGUUUGGCACUGUUGCUUCUCUCCCAAGGAGUGGCCGUCCACCAAAGAUUACGCCAAGAGUUCAGCGCAGAAUACUCAAAGAGGUAAAACAGAACCCUAGAGUGUCUGCCAAAGACUUAAAGAAAUCACCGGCACAGUCCAAUAUCUCUGUGCACACAUCAACUAUAUGUAAAACUAUGACCAAGAAUGGUGUUCUUGGGAGGACUCCGCAGAGGAAACCACUGCUUUUUCAAAAAAAAAACAAAAAAAAAACAUUGUUGCUUGUUUAAUGUUUGCAAAAAUGCACUUGGACACUCCACAGAAGUUUUGACAAAGCAUUUUGUGGACUGAUGAAACCAAAGUUGAAUUGUUUGGGAGUAACACACAACGUCAUGUGUGGAGGAAAAAUGGAACAGCUCACCAACAUGAACACCUCAUCCGCAUCGUGAAGCAUGGUGGAGGAAGCAUCAUGAUUUGGGGCUGUCUCAGGGCCUGGACAACUUGGAAUCAUUAAUGGAAGAAUUAAUUCAAAAGUUUAUCAGGAUGUUUUGCAGGAAAACCUGAGGCUGUCGGUCUGACAGUUGAAGCUAAAAAAAAAGGAUGGAUGCUGCAAAAAGACAACGAUCCAAAACACAGAAGUAAAUCAACUUCAGAAUGGUUUCAGAAGAACCCCAUUGAGAUGCUGUUGCAUGACCAAAAGACAGCGAUUCAUGCCAGACUUCCCUGGAACCUAUCUGAACUACAGCAGAUUUGUAGAGAAGAAUGGGCCAAGAUUAGUGCUGAUCGAUGUGCUUGACUGAUUUACAGCUACAGGAAGCGUCUGGUCGUUAUUUUAUUUUUAUUUAUGUUAUGUUAUUGUUUCCAAAGUGGGGGGCACAAAAUAUUAAAUGUGAUGGUCCACUUACUUAUUUUCCCCUCUUUUGUCAUUGUUUGCAUACUAUCCUCAUUAAAAUAUGAAAACCAAUAAAUGCUCGGGUGGUUUUAGUUAAAGCACUGUUUCUUCAUCUGUGUGAUUUUUGACAAAGAUCAGAUCACAUUUGAUGGUAAUUUUAUGCAGAAAUGUAAGAAAUUCCAAAAGGUUCAGAUAUUUUUUCAUACCACUCUAUAUUCCACCUGCAUUUGCUAGAUCAGGGGAUAUUUCUGCUUCCAGUUUGAUGGUUGAACAUAAUCUGGAAAAGAAUGGAUGUUAAAUUAUGUGACCAUUGAAAAACACCACACACAGUACAAGCUAAACUGUUUUGAGCCACAUUAUUAUUAUUUUUUUCUUUAUGUGUGCAUUCUCUAACAGAUACACAUUUAUUUUAGGAUUUGAAUAAUCUUUGAGUGUACCAGGCCCAGGGAUUCUGAAUCGACGUUAUUAUUAUAAACUGACAGUUUGAAUGCAAUGAGUGGUGUGAAAAACUCUUGGCAUACUUUUUAAUUAACCUUUUCCAAAUAAUCAUAAUCAAUGUAUUUUAUGUAAACUGUACUGAAUACACUCACAGGUUGAACCUAUAUAAAUUUUAUCUAUUAUGCCGGAAAAGAGUUCCAAGCAAGAUGGUUCAGUAAACUUCCUCACAAGAGGAUCUUCAUCAAAUUAUUUAGACUUUUCAGAAGAGAAACCAAUUGGUCUUGUCUGUCAGGUCUAUUAAUGCUUCUAACCGGUCUGACUUUGCUGGGACACAGUGAACACAGACAUAUGGCAGGCUGACCUAUCAUUAUCUCUCUUCAUUUCCUGUCUGGCCUGCAAUCAUCCUGUCUCAGCUAGCUCUUCUACAAAUCAAAAACGCUGGCAUGCACACGACGAAAACCUGGUGGUUCCAUCUUACUAAAUAAUUGCAUCAAUUUCAUACAGACUAUUUGGGGAGUCGGGGUUGUCAACUUUCAUACUGUGUGUUCUUCAAGUUAAGCGUUUGUAGGUAUUAAAGUAUAUUGAUAUAAUAUUGUGAUGUUAGUGGCCAAACAUACAUUCAUCCCUCCUGUGCUGAGUCCCUCUGAAAACCAAUCGGGAACAUUUUUAAAACUACCGUCAACUGUUGACCUUCUUUUAACCACACAGUAAUGUUAUUUUGGUGAUAAAAGUGUUUCGAAGUGACAUCACAUUUUGAAUCACAUUUCAGAUGAAAUUAUUUGGGGAACCUCUUAUAUUUUGAUUUUGAUAUCUACUACCGAUUUUAAUCAUUUUUCUAGUAUAUGACAGGCAAUUGUUUUAGAAUGUGACAAUAUAUAGAUUUUCAGAUUCACUGUGCAUGUGAUGUUGUUCAUCUUCAUUUUGAAGCUGCGUUAUCUAAAAGGGCAUUUUUAACAAAGAGUGAGGUUUUUGAUUGACUAAAGUAACAUAUCAGUAUAGUCAUGGACAUACAUACAGUAUACAAAACAGGAUACAAUAUUUAACAGUACUGUAGACAGACCAUGUCACAUAUUAGUCAUAUAACAACUCACACUGGCAUUCGUUCAUUCGCUGUCUUCCCUCCAAGCUCAAAUGUUUUGAAUUCACAGAAAGAUGAAGAGUAAAUACUGUAAACAAAAAUACUAAUAAUAGUAAAAUGCUUCUACUUCCACCACAGAUCAUUUGGAUUUGUUGGUCUGCAUAUUAAAAAUGUUCAUGACAGAAGAUACAUUUUAAAUUUCAUCCUGGCUUCUGAAAAAAAACUAGAAACUCUUUUUGUGAUACAGAUCAUUUAUACCUUAUAAUUAUUCAGCAUUUUCACCAUAGCAUCAUUUCAGAUUUCUACUAGUGCAAUAUACCCAUUACUUUUUGUCAUGUACAGCAUAUAUUAUUGAAUACAUGCUGUUAAUGUGUCUCAAACGUUUCUAUUUUCCUCUUCUCCGUCUUUGCUUUAAUUGUUGGUUUUAAAAACACUGUAUAUGCUGUAACUAUUUUGUUCUUUGUAAAUCCAUUUUGACAUUUGUCUUUUUUUAAACUUUAUAAAACUUUUUAUAAAUAUUUGGUACAAACCAUGGGAAGAUGGAAUAUAUUACGAGUAUAAGCGUUCAAGAGAUGAAGUUUCUCUAUGAAAAGUAUUGACAUUAGUUUGAUGCUUGAGCGAAAAAUUAGUGUGCAAUAUAUAUUAUCUUAAGAAACAUGAUCCACACGUUUCCUACUGUAUGCCUAAAGGCAAGAUACUUGUCAUUUACUUUAUGCUUUUUCAAAGGUUUGAGUUGAAAUAAAAACUUAACACUUUUGACUUUUUGCAUGAGUUG